GUUCUUUAAUAUUUUAUACUUGCCCUGUUAACACAUCUUCAUCAGCAGCUGUGUUUAGCAGGGCUUGAAAAUAUAGGGUUUAGUGGUGGAGAAAGCAUGACAGACAAUUUAUCGACGGUCUUCUCAAAUGUUUUAUGGUUAUUCAUGGUAGAACCCGGUUUUAAUUUUUUCCUGCUCAGUCCUCCUAAAGCUGUACGUAAUAAAAUCAGCUAUCUGUAAUUCAGUUAAAUUUACCUGAUAACCUUUUCAGUCUUCUUUUAACUAUUCCAAGUUUGGAUUCAAUUUUUUUUUUGUUUAUUUCUUGACCACUGCUUAGUGGAGGUUCUUUUUUCAUAUAAACUAAAGGAACGUAAUCCGGACGUUUUUCGAAGUUAUCAUUUUUUUUCCUAUAAAAAAUGACUUAUAAUAUUACAAAAAAACAUUAAAAACAUGUUUCGUAUCAUUAUUGUAACCAAAUGCGCCAUUUAGAAAAUGUUUGGACCACACAUAAAUAUACUUUGUUUGCGGCGACAACUUUUGUUUAUGUCAACAUUUCCUUCAGCAUCAACGUAACCACGUCUGAUAGCGUUUAGCCAUAACUUUUUUUUUAUCUUGAAGAACUAUGCAAAUAUUCAACUCUGGACGAUUUUUAACAAAAUUGUUACACUUUUUAACAUUUUUGGCAUAGGGACGAGCUAGCUACAACCUGCACCAAUCACCCCUAGUUAAAAUAGCUACCGCAUUACAUCAUUUUUUUUAAAGUCACGUUUUUGUUCAGUUAACGCCAAAGUUGCGUCAUUUUUACCAACGAUAAACAAAAUUAUUUUGCUAAAUAAAUGCAGUUAGGUAGCUACACCUAUUAUUACUGCCAUGAAAACUUAUUCUGCAAAAUUAAAUGACUGAGUGAUAUUUUUAACUGGACAGGGUAACAACAAGCUUCUUCCUGUGUUUUAUUUAAACAGAAGUUGCGAUAAUUUUUUUUGCGAAAGGGUAAUAUGCCUAUAUCCCCGUCCAACUCUGUUUAACUGUACUAACCGCUCAGUCAUGUGUUAACAAUGGCUAAAUUUUGUCUUCAUCCAGACCUGCUGAUUUUCAAAAUCUACCCCUCGCCCAGAACUCCCUCACCUCCCCCACCAACCCCUUUCUCCCUUAAAAAAAUGCAUUCUACCCCACUAAGUGUGGGGUAGAAUGUAUUUGUUUUUCCCUUGCUUAAUACACAAAUUAUUUCAAUUUAUCUCAGAAAUAGAAAGAAUAAUAACAAAUUGUGAGAAGAAAAUGUUCGCGGUUUGCGGUUACAAAUUGCAACGGAAGUAGAACGUGACACAAAAUCGGAUUACAAAAAAGCGUUGUGAUUACAAGUCGAAUAAUGUUUUGCCAUCAAAUAGCUAUCCAUGAUACGACAAAGAUCGCUAGUUAAGAUAAACAAGGGACGCCCAGUUUUACUGUUAUUUAGAUUGUUUUGGAACAUUCUUCAUAAUGAGUCAAACAAGAGAUUUAGGAAGGGCAGAGAAAAAAAAAGUCCCGCCUCUUAUUUGCAAUGUUGUUGUACCAACUCUACUUUCCACGAAGUCCCCAAUCAACACUGAUUUGCUGAAGAAAGCUGUUUAUCACUUUAUUACAGUCCAACCAAAUUUAAGUGCCGGUAUAAAAGAAAUUGAUGGAAUCUGGAAGUUUGUCCCGUUAAAACUAAUUGACAAUUUCUUUGAGGUCCUACCAGAUACCUGCGAGUGGAAAGAUGUUUGUUUGAAGUAUUCCAAUGGAUUUCUUCGUGAACCUUCAGAGUGUGAGUUUUAUCCACCGUUAAAAGUAUUUUUUAUCAAGCAAUCAAUUGCAUCAGCUUACUUUAUCCCUGUUUACCUCCAUUAUGCCGCAGAUGGUAUUAAUGGCAUGUACAUGGUUCAUGAUAUUCUGAAAAAUUACACCAAACUGUGUAAAGGUGAAAAACUCGACGCUACAUCAUUUCCUCCACCACCAUCUGUUGAUGAUAUGGCUUUGUCUGGAUUAACUGACUCAGAUGACGAAUUAAGGGAGAAAUUUGAACUUCACCAAAGAGUUGCAUGUAAAUCAUUAAAUUUUUCAUUUCCGUUUGAAGAAAUAAGUGGAGCUGAAGCUCUUUAUUAUACAAGCACUGCGAAUGAGUACGAAAAUUUCUUAAGUGCUUGCCGCCACUAUCAAGUGACUGUAGGAGCAGCUCUCACUGCCUCGUUGUUUUUUGGCUUCGGUGGCUACAUGUUUCAAACUAAACCAGACUGCCCUGAAGAAUUAAAAAUUGGCAUUAACAUACCCAUUAAUCUUAGAGAUAGAGUUCCAAAUAAUAUCGCAAGUAAUUGCUGUAAUUUGACUGUCACGCAUUUUUUACUUGUCCGUCCUAUUACAAAAUUGACAAAAUUUUGGGAGUUGGCUCGCCAAAUCAGAGAGGUUUUGCUUGAAAAAAUGAAUGAGCAGCAUAAAUUUUAUUUAUUUGAUUUUGGUUGCAACGAAGGUGUUUGCAGCUCAGAGGAGAGAAAAGAUGCAAAAGAAAAGCAUGGAGUGCCUUUUCAUUCUUAUGUGUCUAACAUGAAAAGAUUUCCUGGUCCCGUUGACUUUGGAGAAUUUAGUGUUGAGUCUAUCCACUGUGCUGGAGGAACGUGGUUAACAGGUCGGGAUGUAAUGGAUUUUUUGAUUUAUUCAACAAACAAGUUCAAUCUGUCUAUUGUUCAUCGAAAGGGAGUAAAGAACAAGAAGAGAGCUGAGCAUGUUUUUGAAUACGUGAAGCAAAUUGUUGAGUCUGCUAGUAAGUGGAAGCAAGAUAAGUCUUUGGAAAACUGUGCAAGAAAUGUUAACUUGUGACUCAUUAACGUGAUGUUGUUGUUUGUACGUUAAAUUCCGACGAAGAUCAAAUUAUGAUUGAUUUUGAUAGAUUUUGAUAGAUUCUUUAAAUAAAUUUUAACGCCAAAAUUUUGCAAAUGUCUCUUCAUAAUUCAAAUUCUUUCGCUACUUAA